UGUCAGAAUAUCUGAGACCAUUUGAUUUUUAGUUUUUCUCUUACUCAGCACAAUUAUGGGCUGCUUAACUCACGGGGCUCUGGUGCUGUCCGUUCCUGCGCCUUCGUCCGCUAGCCGCCAACAUUCUGAAUUCGACCGUAUUCUUCAAUGCCGCUGGAAAGAGGCCGCGGAUGCAAGCGUCUGCUUUUAUCGUUUGAAUCGAAUCCAGAAUAAAAUCAUCCCCGGGCAGUACCAAUUUGUUGCGCAAUACAAUCCGGAAAAAUCGAAACCAGGAUGGAGAAGACCGAGUCAGAAUUUGCGGAAGGUCAAUCAAAGUUUUGAUCCGCUGCAAUUUCAUUUCAAUCAAAUUCAUGGAAGGGAAGUUGUGAUGGGUCCUGGAGAACUAUUGUUGGAUUCCGACAGCGAGGUUGAUACGUUUCUAAUCAUCAACAUGAGUCCACUUGAAUUUGGUAGUUGCCUGCUAGUUCCAAGAGUGUCGCAACACAUCCCCCAACGUAUGACACUUUACGGACUGGAACUCUUGCUAACAACAGUUCUCCGCAGCGCUGACCCUCGUUUCAAAGCCGGAUUUAGUAGUCCUGGAGGCUGCGCGUCCAUUAAUCACCAACAUUACCACCUGUACUACCUACAAGAACAGCUUUAUCUUGAAACAGCGCCAGUUGAACACAUUGUUGGUCCUUGCUUUACGUUGAAGGAUUACCCAGCCAAAGGAUUUGCUUUUCAACUUGACAAUGAUCCUACUCAACUGGCCAGACACGUAUUCACCUUGGCCGAUUACAUGAGGCAGAACGAAAUGGCGCACAAUAUGUUCAUCACACGCGGCACUCGCUUCAAGGGGUUAUCGCCCGACUCCUCCGACGACGUCCAUCGUGAAAUAAUUUACGACACAUUACGCGUAUUCCUUUGGGCGCGUGAACCUGCUUUCGGAGCGAAGAAAGAUUACGGUGGUAUGAAUCCCGCCCUGUGCGAGCUGGCCGGCCAUUUGCUCAUGACAGAUCACGAGGAGUUCGAGGCAACGACAGAAAAAAUGGUAUCGAAUAUCUUCGAGAAUUUGACAGCGUCAUUAUUUCAGCGCUUGCUCCCAAAAGUCCCUCAGUUGUUUCACGAUAGUUGUCGAGAUUCCUCCUAG